CGGAGGCGGAGACGGGGGCGGGGGCGGAGGCGGCCGAAGCAGCGAAGGCGGUGGCUGCAGAGGUUUGAAAGCGGCGCGGAGCCGAGCUGCUAGCAGCCUCCGGGGACGUCCCUUCCCCUCGGGGAGGCCGGGGAAUUGCAGGCGGCAAAGAGCUUUCCGUGCCCGAUCUCACUUCAUCUUCACAAAGACUCGAGACAUACCAGAGCCUAUAUCCAGAGAAGGAUUGCCUCCCUGAAAGUAGUCACUUUGGAGGCUCUAGUGAUGCAUCUGUUCCUCUAUACAUUUUUGAAAUACCUCUUUUGGAAUUGCCUUUGUAACCUGUAGCAACGCCAAAAAUCUUUGUCCUUUGAGAGUGGAUUUUAUUUCUGGAAAGAUCCAAAAGUCAUUUGGACCAAGGCUGGUGAAUAAGAAGCUUAAGUGAAAAUGGUACAUGUUAGAAGAUAUGAAACAAGAAAUAAUUCUAAGACUCAAGUGCCAGCGUUGAAAUCCCGGGUUGACUGGAGACGGACUAAACGAAAUAAUAUCUUACAGUUACUUGAUAGUGAUGAAGAGCUUGAUAGUGAUGAAGAGCUUGACAGUGAUGAAAGUGUUGAUAGUGAUGAAAGUCAUGACAGUGAUGAAAGUCAUGACAGUGAUGAAAGUAUUGAUAGUAAUAAAAAGCUUGAUGAUAAAGAGCUUGAGUUAACUAAUAAGGCAGAAAAUAACAAAGAACACGUAACUAAGAGUGGUGGCCUUUCAGAACAUGAGGAAGAAAAAAAUGAAAAUAAAUGUAAGACCAUUAACACAGAUUAUGAAAAGGAUCUAAGUCAACAAAUUGAUUCUAAACAACAGAGUGACCAAAUAGUUACAGAGGAGGAUAUAGAAGAAGAAGAACACAUCUCUCGAGGAAAACGAAAGAGGGUAUCUUCUGUGAUGUAUGACAGUGAUGAUAGUGAUGACAGUGACAUUUUAGUUAGAAGAGUAGAUGUUAAACGUCGUCGUAUAGUGGAGGAUGAUGACUGUUCUUCAGUGGAGGUGGAUCAGAAACCUCCUAAAUCCGAAAAAAGCUCAGCCAUUCGGAAACAGGAACAACUCCAGAAGCUGAAAGAGCUCUCAAAACAAAGAUCUCGUCAGAGACGCAAUAGUGGUAGAGAUUUUGAGGAUUCUGAAGAAGAAUCUUUACCAGAUAGUGAUCUUGAUGAUGAGGAAGAUGAUGAAGAAGAUGAUGAUGAUGAGGAAGGAGAUGAUUAUAUUAUUGAUGGUUUUGUAGUUCAAGAUGAGGAAGGUGAAGAAAAUCAAAACAAAUCAGGAGAAAAAAUGACUGCAUCACAGCUUCAAUUGGUGAAACGAAAUUCUCUUUAUUCUUUCAGUGACCACUAUACUCAUUUUGAAAGAGUUGUCAAGGCUUUUCUGAUCAAUGCUUUGGAUGAUACUUUUCUGGGAACAUUAUAUGAUGGCACAAGGCAAAAGUCAUAUGCACAAGACAUGUUAACAUCUCUUCAUUAUUUGGAUGGCCGCUUUGUUCAGCCUCGCUUAGAAAACUUAGUUUCCAGAAGUCGCUGGAAAGAGCAGUAUAAGGAGCGGGUGGAAAAUUAUCCUAAUGUAAGUAUCCGUUGGAGAACUCCUGAAAAUUGUUCUUGUCAGGCCUGUGGACUCCAUCGAUACUGUAAAUAUACAGUACAUUUAUCAGGAAAAUUGUACAAUGACAGGACCAUGGAAACAGAUGAUUUCAUGUCACAUGACAAACAGGUUUUAAAGGUUGGCAAAGUUUGUGCUGAUCGUACCAGGAUUUACCACCAACUGAAACAUUUCAAAUACAAGUUGUACCAAGAAUGUUGCUCUAUUGCAAAGACUGAAGAAGUUGAAGAUGAACAAGUCAAAGAAACUGUUGAACGCAUUUUCAGUCAGUCAAAAGAGAGUGGCUGGAUUCAGGAGAAAUAUGAUCAACUUGAGGAAUAUCUCAAUUUUGCGGAUUACUUUCACGAUGAGAAGUUUGACUAAGUUGUAACACUUCCUUUGGAGAAGAUUUUAUAACAUUGUGAUGAACAUGAAAAACAAUGAGUACUUGUUUCUGCAUACCAUGCUGAAUAUAUUUGCACAUUUUUGAAGAUUUUCAUAGCAAAAGCUCUUGUUUUUAAAUAUAUAGGUCCAUUUUAAUUUUUGUGAAAUCAAAUCAGUGAUCUUAUUUUAAUAUUUUAUCUGUGGUACAUAGAAAGCGUAUGCUAAAUAAUUUUUUAAAAGCUAAUCAAUGUAUUUUUAAAAUCAUGUCAGUGACUGUGUAAUAGAUUACUAUAUGUCAAGUAGAUAUGAGUUGUUAAUUUCAUGCCAGUUUGAUGGAGAUAUGUUGUAUUUUAAAGUUGUAUUUAGUCUUAAAUAUUUAUGUGUAUUUAUUGCCUUCCCUCUCCCAAAACUUUUUGCCUGUCCAUCUUGAAGUAUUAAUGACCUUCACUUACAUGUUAUUCAUGCUAUGACUUAAAUCAGUGGGCUGGAAGAAAUCUCAGUAGACCUUCAAUUCAUUUCCCACUCAUCCAACCACUGCAGGACUGUACCUCAACCACCUAGACAGUAGUGUCAUAUGUGUUCUUAACUAUCCCCUAAAAGGGGAUUUCAGACCUCUUACUAGUCCAUUCCAGUAUCUCACAAUCCUCACACUCAGGAAUACUUUAAUGUAUUGUCCUUUCAUGAUUUGGGAUAUUCUUUCUUUGUGCUUGCUUAGUGUUAAGUCUAGAUAUAAAUGACUGAAGUAUAUUUUAUAUUUUUAAAAUUGUAAACGUUCCCCUAAGUUUAUUUAAUCUGUGGAGAUGUAAAAAAGUCAAAAGUGAUUUUUAGCCAAAAAAAAAAAAAAAAAAACUCUUAGAAAGUAUAUUUUGUCUUGUGCCAAAUCUAGAAAAUUCCAGUUUAGACUGGUGAAGUAAGUUGUACAGUUUCAGAGGAAACAAAUGGGCCUUGUCUGUUGUUUGUCAUUUUGUACUUGGGACUCCCACUGUAGUAAGACGAGCUUUUAGUGUGGACUUGAGUAUAACGUAAGUUCAUCUUGGCCCUUUUCCUAUGUGGCUUAAAUACAGGAAGUAUCAGAUGGACACCUUUAUAAUAUGGUCUCAACAAUAAUGUGUUCCAUGGCAUAGAUGCCAAAGACAGAGUCUAAUGAAGUUUUGGUGUCUAAAGCUGGAUAUUGUUUGAGACCACUUAAUUAUCAUGUUUCUUCAAUUUAUUUUUUAAAUAUGGCUCCUCUCAUGGUAGCCCACUUAAAAUAAAUCCUACAAGAAAGAGUGGAUUUGUUGAUGUAUAACAGUGUUGUGGAGCACAUAGUCUCAAAAAUGUGAAUAACUGAAAAUUCACUUAUAAACCUCUUCAUCCUUCUGGAUGGCUCAUGAAAAUAAUUCUUAGCCGUUUUCUAGGGAAGGAAACAGAGUUGGAAUAAGAGGAUAAACUGUUCAAAAAGGAAUUGUUUAAGCAAGGAGAUUGGGAGAGAAGUGAUGUUCUAGUUGGAAGGUAGAUGGAGUAUAAGAAGAUGUGAUAAAUGAAUUGGAACAAUGAAGAGCAGGAGAAACAAAAAGAAAUUGGCUUCCUCUAUUAUACUUGACUCUUGACUCUGGAAACUAUCUUUUCUAUAGAGUCCAGGGCAAAAUAGAGAGGCCAAAAAAGUGCGAAUACUGGAUAACUCUUAAAAUACAAGAAGAAUCUAUUGAACUGACCCAUUUUAUGUAAUGAAUACCAGGUGGCUGCAGUUCAGAAGUACUUAUGAGUAGUUUCUCAAAUAGCUGUGGUACUUUUAAGAUCGUUAUUCCCAUUCCUACUCUGGAGUUACCAGUAUUUGUUUUAUCUAAUACAAAAGAGAAAAAAAUUUAGGAGCAGAAUUUUAAAAAUAUUUUAAAAGAAAAGCCAUUAGCAAUCAUCAGAAAGGGACAGGCUGUUAGGUGAUCUACUUGGUGCCAAUCAGGUAAGGAGAAAAAUAUUUCGUACCAAAAGCAGUCUGUAGGCAAAUUAAGAAUUUUGUCAAUAUGGAAAUACCACAGUAUUAUUUAUAUUUCAGCUACUAUAUUAAUAAUAGUAAAUCUCUAGCAUUUGAAAGAACUUAAGAGUUUGUGAAUUUGUUAAACAUUUUCUUGGGCCAUCAAAUAGAGGUGAGGGGAGAACUAUCUAUAAGAAUAUUAAUUUUCUAAUGGUAGUUGUUGUUAUAACUUCAAGUGCUUGGAUGUUUGUCUAGAUCAAGUAAAAUAGACUGAUGGUGGCAGCAGGGGAAGAAAAGGAAGGAAAGAAGAAAUCUUUUGUUGUACAGUUGUAGUCUAAAGAUCUGUCUUCUCCAUUUGCCCUGCAGCAUUGUUUGAGGAGAGAAUGAUAGUGCUGAGUGGUUAUGUAAUUUAGGUUGGCCACUCUGAACCAUUCUCCCCUCCUUCACCCCCUACUGAGGCUCAGUUAGUUAUAAGGCCUGCCUAAGUCAAGACAUCUAGAAAGUUGAAGCCUAGUCUACGAGAUGCCCCAUAGGUGGUUUGCCCUAGAUACCAUUAGUAACACUUCUACUUUACUGACCCUCUUUUUACAUUUCUCCAUUUCCUUUUAGGACUCAUUCUCUUUCUGAUCACUUGACCCUCAUCCUCUGAGUACUGUGGCACUGACAUUUCUACUCAUAACUUAAGCUAUCAUUUCUAUUUGAAAUAAUUCCAUAUCUGUGGAUCCAACCAUAACUUUUUAGUUCUAGAACUUUAUCUCAAGCUGCCUCCUAGAUAUCUUAAUCUAGAUGUCUCACUGGCGCUUCGAACUCAGUAUGUCUAGUGCUGAGCUUAUUAUUUUGCCCCCUGCUAAACCCUGCUCCUUCUGACUUCUUUUUCCAUUGCCACAUAAUUCACUGAAUCUUCUAUGUUCAAAUUCUUAGGAUUAUUUUGACUUUCUUUUCCUGGACAUCUGUUUACUUAGUUAUUAAGUCUUGUGGAUCCACAGCUAUAUCAUUCAUAGGCAUCUUCCCUUUAUUCCAACUGCCACCACCCAGUAUAGACUUUAUUACCAUUUCUUCAAUUUCAUUCAUGAACUCUCUCCCUUUCCAAUCUAUCUUUUAGCAUGAUAUAGUGUAUAUAGAGUGUUAAACUUGGAGUCAAGAAGUUCUGGGUUUAGAUCCAGAAUGUAACAUUUAUUAGCUGUGUGACUAUAGGCAAAUCACUUAAUCUCUCUGAGCCUCAGUUUCCUCAUCUAUAAAAUGAGGAUAGUAAUACCUGUAGUACCUACCUCACAGGGUUGUUGUGAGGAACAAAUGAGAUAUUGUAUGUAAAGCGCUUUGCAAGCUUUAAAUUGUUAUAUAAUUGUCAGCUAUUAUAUUUCUGCCAGAGUUAUCUUCUUAUGCAUAGGUCUGGUCAUAUUGCUCAGCUCAAAUAUCUUCAGUAGCUUUCUAUUGCCUACUGAGUAAACUUCAUAUGCCUUUGCCUGGUAUUCAAGGCCCUCCACAACCUGGUGCCCCUCUACAUGGUGAGGUGGAAAGAGCACAGGGUUUAGAGUCAGGGGACUUGAGUUCAAAUCCUAGCUAUGCUAUUUACUACCUAUAUUACCUUGAUCAUUUAAUUUCACUAGUCCCCAGUUUCUUCAAUAACUUGAGGAGAUUGGAUAAGAUGAUCUCUAAGAUCCUUCUAGUUCUAAAUCCUAUGAUCCUACCUUUCCAGCCUUAUCUUACAUUAAUCCCCUCCACAUAUUCUGCUCUGGCCAAACUGGACUUCUCUUUCUCCCCUAACACACCCUGUGCUCUCUUGCCUCUGUGCCUUCGCUUAAGCUGUUCCCCUAUGCCUGUAAUGUUCUCCCUACCUUUUGAAUUCCUUACCCAUCCUUGAAAGCUCAACUCAAACGCCACCUUCUUCUAGAAGCUUUCCCUGAUCCCUGUUGUCAUUGAUGACCUUCCCUUUUGUACCUCACAUGGCACUUUGUUUUGCACUGCUUUAAUGCACUUGUUAUGUAUUAUUGUAUAUUAUGGUUGUCUGUGUAUGUGUCUUAUUUCCCUACUAGAUUGUAAGCCCCAUGAGGGCAGGGACCAUGUCUUAUCUAAACUUUGUAUUUCUCAGCUCUUGAACAGUGCUCUGCACACAGUUGGUGCUUAAUAAAUAUUUGUUGAAUUCAAUGUGUAUUUGAAAUUAAAUGCCUAUGCGUACAAUAAUUAAAUAAGUAGAUAGAUUCUCCUGGAACACAAAAUAAAAAUUUUAUCAUUGUGUGA